AUGGCCGGCUCGAAAGCAGUCAACCGUCCGGUUGACUUGAAGCAAAAGGAGAUCGACGUCAACAACAAGCUUCAACUGUUUGGCAUUUUCCAAGCCUUCUCAAAUGGCAAGGUCCCAUCCAACAAGCAGAUUGACGUUGCGCUCAACUCGGCGCUGGCAGCAAAGCCGCUCAGCACACCCUCAAAGAAGCUGUCAAGCGAGGGCCAGAAGCUCGUAGGCGACCUCAAGACGGUCAUCGAGCAGGCCAAGAUCCUGCUUCUCACCAAGAACGAGGGCAACCUCCUCCAGGACUUCAUCUGGCAAGCAGAGCAGAUCACUGGCGCCGGCACCCAGUUACCCGGUGCGCCAAUCGACAAGGACACCGCCAAGCAGCACGGUAAUGAGGCGCUCGAUGGUCUACGCACCCUCGGCACCCUUCUGAUCUCCAACGGUCAAUUCAGAAAGCUUCUCUCUGAUGCCUCUGUACUGCUGCGAGACAUUGCUGGCGAUGCCGCACAAAACACCGCCAACAAGGUCAAGCCAUCUGAGGACAAGCUCAACCAGAUUGACAAGCCCGCUGACGACAACACCUGGCACGACACCCCAGAGCUGUCCGCAGAGAAGCUCAAGGCACAAGCCAAGCAGAGCCUUCCCUUCGGAAAGGGCGAUGCUAAGCAGGCCGCCGGCGAUAUCAACCAGGCUGCCCACCCAGAGGGCUCACGUGAUCCCCGCGACACUGCCCAGCUUGGUGCUCAUGAGGGCCAGACUGGCCAGUCCACUGGCCUCAACGCUCAGGCUGCUCUGAACGUCGCCAAGGACAAGGUCGACCAGAACGUCUCAGAAGAGGACAAGGACAAGGCUCGCGCUCGCCGUGACCAGCUGAACAACUACCUCAAGGGCAAGAUGCCUGAGGAGCGUCGCGACCAGACCAUUUGGCGCCUGAAGAAGAUGGUGGUUGAGAUCCAGGGUCACCAGGAUUACCAGCGCGCCAUCGAGACUCUUCUCCGUCUCGCUGAGCAGUACACUGGCCACACUAAGACUGUGACCCAGCAGGCCACAGGAACCGUCAAAGGUGCGCAUCAGGACGAUGCUUUGAAGACUGCUGAAGCUGACCUCAAGGUACGUAAAACAGGGUUCCAUUCUGACAAUGCACAUUGGCUGACAAACAUCAAGACACUCCUUGAGCGCUUUGCCAACAGCACCUCAUUCGACGACCUGAUUGAGUCUAUCAACCAGAUCUACAAGGAUGCCGACCGCGACCCAGAACUCAAGAACUGGUUCAAGCGCAUCGAUGGUUACAUCCGCAAGGUGCUCCAGCAGCAGGGAUACAUCCUCGAGGACGAGUCCAACGAGGAGUGGAACCGCAUCUACGACCAGGGUCACGACUUGCUCCGUGGCCGUUACCGCGGACACACUGACCGCAUCGCUGAUGAGUUCAAGUACAUUGGCGAGCAGUUCGACGCCGACCCACAAAACAAGGCCUUCGCCGAUUCCAUGAACAGGCUGUUCAACGACCUCGGCACCGACGACAACGGCAAGACCGUCUUCAAGCCUCACCUCCUCAAGGACAUCACCGAUGUCAUCCUGCCCGGCUUCUUCGAGAGCGUCCAGUACAUCCCCAUUCCUCGCAUUGAGUACAGCGACCCGAUGAUCGACGCUGUCGUCGAGAACCUUGUCAUUGAGGGUGACAACCUUGCACCCAACGUCUUGGAGUUCGGCUCUGACAACUACUGGCGCUGGGGACGCAAGUCGAUCACCAACAAGAACAAGAACAAGGUCAUGCUGUCUGUCUCUGGUGUACAGAUGGACCUGCGCGAUGUCUCCUACUACAUCAAGCGCAAGCAGGGCUUCCCUUCCAUCACCGACAAGGGUGUCAUGGACAUCUUCAUGGGCGGUACUGGAUUCAGCUUCAAGGUCGAGAUGGAGACUGCUGACCGCGCUCGCGAGAACAACGUCCAGACGCACUUCUUCAAGGUCAACAAGAUUGAGACCGACAUUCAGAACCUUCAGAUCAAGUUGAAGAAGAGCAACCACAAGCUCCUCUUCAACAUGUUCAAGCCUCUCCUCCUCAAGGUCAUGCGCCCCGUCAUCCAGAAGGUGCUCGAGAAGCAGAUCAAGGACUCUGUCAACCAGCUCGACGGUAUGCUCUACGAUAUCAAGGUUGAAGCCGACAAGGCCGAGGCUGAGGCCAAGCGCAACCCCGACCCAGAGCACCUCCCAGAAUAUGGUAAGCAGAAGAAGGAACAGCUCAAGGAGAAGACCAAGGACACCCAAGUCAACAUGGCCGUCACCCAGCACGACUCCAUCUUCAAGAACAUCUCCCUGCCCGGUGGUAUCUCAUCCAAGGCUACUGAGUACAAGGAGCUCGCAGCCAAGGGCGACAAGUGGGAGAGCCCUAUCUUCUCCAUCGGUUCCGCCAAGGAGAGCACUAGCCUGCCCACCCUUCCCAAGGUUACCCGCAAGCCUCACGGCCGCGCUGGUGGUUACGGCUCAGACAUGGGUUCAGCUACUGGCGCUCCUCAAGGCCUCGGUGCUUCUCAGGGUCUCAACCCCGCCCAGGGCGUUAACCCAUCUGGUUUUGAUAGCACCAGCCAGUAUGGUACUACUCAGUCUGGCGCCGGUCUGACUGGUGGCCUUCCCGCUACCUCUGGAACUGGCGCUGGUCUCGUUGGCGGUCUUCCCGGUACCCAGCAGACAGGCGCCCCUGGCUUCGCUGGUCAGGUCGACAACGCUUUCUCCAGCACCAGCACUGGCGCUGGUCUCACUGGCACCGGCGCUCCCGUCACUGGUGCCACUGCCGCCCCGGGAACCGAGCCCAACACCUUCCUCUCUUACCGCGAAUGA